GAAAAAGAAAGCAACCCCUUCUCGCAAUCGCCAUCAUCAUCACAAGCUACAUUCACAAAAAAGUAUAAGAUCACUGAUGAGGAUCGUGCCAAGGUGACCUCCGGUCUAUUAGAAGUUUUCAAGAAUGAAGCUAUGGGAAUGAGAAAGAAGAAUGAGACCAUCGCAUUACCAAUACCAUUUUUUGUGCUUUGCAAGGAGAUAGAAGCUACGUUUGAUUAUGAAGCUAUUUUUGAUUGGUGCUUCCAAAGAGAUGUCAGAGCAUCUCACAUGUCGCUUUUCAUGCGGUAUGUAUCAUGCUACAUACUCUGUAUUUCUUUAACUAAAUUUCACUUGUACCUAUGUUAUUAGUAAGUCACAAAUUGAUUAAUGUGUGUUGCUACUGGUCUGCUUCUAAUGCUUCUGAUAUGCGUCUGAUUUUAUCAGUAAGUCACGAAUAUUCUUCAAGGUUCUGAUCUGCUUCUUCUGAUAUGCGUCUGAUGCUACUGGUUUGCUUCUAAUGCUUCUGAUCUGCUGGUUCUGCUUUUGCUGUGUUGCUGCCAUUUCGGUUGUUGUUGCUGUUGUUGUAUCUGCUAUUUUUGUUGCUGCCAUUUGGUCCAUCUCAUGUACUUGGUUUAUGCAGUAUGAACUUAUAAUGACUAGUAUAUAGAAAAUUAUGCGUGCAUAUAUCCGACUUGUCCUGAAAUCCUGAAAGCAUAUAGGCACCACCGUGUAAAAUAUCCCUUGUCUUGAAACUAAGAACCAACACUUAAUAUAUAUAUACUUUGAUGUGUAAGGUACUUGAGCGAGGGGUGUAGAAAGGAGAGUGUAUUGGGAAUGUAUGGCUUUUGCGAUGUUAAUAUUCUUUCUCCGUUAACCCCGGCAGAAGAGAAAGAUCGAUCUGACUAUUUGAGUAAUGUUUUUGGGUGCAAUGGAGGCAAAAAUAUAAAUCAAAUAUUUUUUGCUCCGUACAUUGAAAUGUUAGUUAUGUUCACUUCAUGAACUUUCUUAAUACUUUUUUGUUUGUUGUUGGUUUCACUAAUACAUUUUAUAUAGACGACAUUGGAUGUUAGUUGUCAUUAGUCCGUGAAAAGGAACAGUGUUUUGGCUUGAUCCAACAGGACAGGAAAAUUAAAUUCCAGAAUUCGUUCAGGGGAUCAUUUUGGCGUAUGUAUCUUUCAUUAUUCCAAUUAUAAAUAAUACUUGCUCAUACUUUUUGUAUCUAACUUGUCAAAUUCUGCAGGGGAAUGUUAAAAUUUUCCGUUGUUCAUCGAAAGGAUAUCAAAAUGAAAAAAAAUCCAGCAAUUAUGUGGAUUCAACCACAAUGUCCUCGUCAAGCUCAAGGAACCAAUGAUUCUGGAUAUUAUGUAUGUCGUUACAUGCAAGAGACAAUAUCAAAGAGACAACAACUGGUUCCUCCAAAGUACUUUCCUCAAGUUCCUGCCACUUAUUCUCAACCGAUGAUUGAUGAGAUAUGUGAUACUUUGGUUACAUAUUUUUUCAAGCAAAAACAAGUUAUCAAUGAUCAGAUUCAUGAAGAUGAAGAAAAUGAUAUUUUGGACGUUGAUCAUGAAUGAUCUUUAUAGCUAGUGCAUAUUGACACUUUUUAACAAAUGUUUUGCGAAUCUCAUAGCAAGUUAAUACAUUUGAAGUAUUCUUUUGGAUUUAAGCCUGUGAUUGGAGUUUGAAGAAUGUUAUAUAUUACAUUAGUUUUAUUUAAUUUAUUGUUUUGGAGAACAAGAAGGUACAUUGGUCGGUUUGGAGUAUUUUUA